AUCCUUUUUCGUCUAUCUACGAAAAAGGUGUCCUACUGUUUCCAUAUUUUUCUUAAACAUUAACAUAAUUUAUUCUCAUUUCCGCAGCCACUAAAUCUAACCAAUAACAGUUUCUAUACGUAAUCUCUUUAUUAGAUCACAAGUUUUAAGUAGUUUUCUCAUUAAUAUAGCCUCUCUGAGCUAUACUUUCAAAUUCCACCUUCUGAUCACUCGAUUAAACCCUAGACUGGAGUAGGCGAAGAAAAAAGCAAUUCAUGGCGGGAGGUGUAGGUUCAGGUUUGGAAUGCCAGAAGAUUAUGGAUGGGAAGGAGAUUAGUGGGGUUAAAGUUACCCCUGUUCAUUCUUGUUGCUUAAAAGCUAUGGCUACUCAGCCUGAACUUGGUUCCAAGUGCCAUUCCACAGUUGUUUCUGGGUGGUUCUCAGAACAAGUGUCAUACUCUGAUGGAACUCGUAAGGUUUAUUACAACAAUCCCAUGUGGCCUGGGGAGGCACAUUCAAUGAAAGUUGAAAAUGUUCUGUUCGAAGGGAAGUCAGAGUAUCAAGAAAUUUUGGUUUUCGAGUCAGCAACAUAUGGAAAAGUGCUUGUGCUAGACAACAUUGUUCAAUUGACUGACAAAGAUGAAUUUGCCUACCAGGAGAUGAUCGUUCACCUGCCCCUAUGUUCACUCCCUUCCCCCAAAAGGGUCCUGGUUGUAGGUGGCGGCGAUGGUGGGGUCCUUAGGGAAAUAGCUCGUCAUAAGUCUGUAGAGGUCAUUGAUAUCUGUGAGAUAGAUAAGAUGGUCAUAGAUGUGUCAAAGAAGUACUUUCCAGAAUUAGCUGUUGGAUUUGAGGAUCCCCGCGUACAACUCCAUGUCGGAGAUGCUACUGAGUUUUUACGAAAUGCGGGCGAAGGGAUCUACAAUGCAGUUAUUGUGGAUUCGUCAGACCCUGUUGGUCCUGCUCAGGAACUUGUUGAAAAACCAUUUUUUGUGAUGAUAGCAAGAGCGUUACGCCCAGGUGGUGUUCUUUGUAAUAUGGCUGAAAGCUUAUGGCUUCAUACACAUCUUAUUGAAGACAUGAUGACUAUUUGCCGGGAAACAUUCAAGGGCUCUGUCCGUUAUGCUUGGGCAUCAGUUCCUACAUAUCCAAGUGGCGCUAUUGGAUUUCUCUUAUGCACAACUGAGGGACCACCUGUUGAUUUUUUGAAUCCUGUAAAUCCUAUUGAGAAGCUGGAAUUAGCCGUCAAUUAUGGAAGGGAUCUUAUGUUCUACAACUCAGAGAUGCAUUCAGCAGCGUUCGCCUUACCAUCAUUUUUGAAAAGGGAGGUUAGUGCUCUAAGGGAUUUGUAAGUUAAUGAAUUACAACUGUUUGGGCAAGUUAGGUGAUAUUCAACGUGCCGUUUGAGCAAGUUGGGUGAUAUUUACGCGCAAUUACUUCCCUACUUCCUUACUAUAUAAGGUGGUUUCUAUAAUUCAGUCUCUUGCGGUGUAAGACAUGAAAUACGAUUUAAACGACUGUUUUUGUGUUAAUCCUUUUGAUCAAAUUCUGCUCGACUUGCAGACAAUCUAAACAUUCCUAUGCUUCCAUGUUUCA